UUUGAAAUGUGUAUGUAUGUAGUGUAGCAGGCAGAUUACCUAGCUCAAAAUUUCGGCAAUUUUACGGUAAUAAUGACUGAUAACGAUUCUCAAAAUGGUCCUGCUGGGGAUCAACCUCAAGAGAAAUCCGCCAAGCAGCUGAAAAAGGAGGCUGAAAAGGCGGCAAAGUUAGAAAAGCUCAAAGCAAAAUUGGACAAGAAAAGUGCUACGACAGCUGUACCAAAAGAUAAGCCAGAAAAAAAGGUGAAAGAAACAAAGGAAAGUGCUGUGUACACUGCCAGUACUGCGCUGGGAGACAAGAAGGAUAUAACAGGGCCUAUGCCUGAUGCUUACAGCCCUAAAUAUGUUGAGGCUGCCUGGUAUGCAUGGUGGGAGAAACAGGGCUUCUUCAAACCAGAAUUUGGGCGCAAGUCAAUUUUGGACCCGAACCCAAAGGGCAAGUUUGUGAUGGUAAUUCCACCACCCAACGUCACUGGGUCGUUGCAUUUGGGUCAUGCACUCACAAAUGCUGUUGAAGAUGCUAUCACAAGAUGGCACAGAAUGAACGGACGUACCACCCUUUGGAACCCAGGCUGUGACCAUGCAGGUAUUGCCACUCAAGUAGUAGUGGAGAAGAAGUUGUGGAGGGAGGAGAAGAAGACGAGACAUGAACUGGGUAGGGAAGAGUUCAUCAAACGUGUUUGGGACUGGAAGAACGAAAAAGGAGAUCGAAUCUACGAGCAGCUUCGCUCUCUCGGCUCAUCGUUCGACUGGAGCCGCGUCCGCUUCACGAUGGACCCUACAAUGUGUCGCGCUGUGAACGAAGCCUUCGUCCGUCUGCACGACGCCGGCGACAUCUACCGUGCCAACAGACUCGUCAACUGGUCCUGCACGCUCAAGAGCGCCAUCUCUGAUAUUGAGGUGGACAAAAUGGAGCUGGCUGGGAGGACGCUGCUGGCUAUACCCGGAUAUGAGCAGAAGGUGGAGUUCGGUGAGCUAGUACUGUUCGCGUACAAGGCAGACGGCUCAGACGAAGAGGUCGUGGUAGCUACCACUCGAGUGGAGACCAUGUUGGGAGACGUGGCUGUUGCAGUCCAUCCUAAUGAUGUUAGGUAUAAGCAUUUGAUCGGCAAGUAUUUGGUGCAUCCGUUCUGCAAAAGAAAGAUGCCGGUGAUUAGUGAUGACUACGUCGACAUGAACUUUGGCACAGGUGCGGUAAAGAUCACCCCCGCCCACGACCCCAACGACUAUGAGAUCGGCAAGCGACACAACCUACCUUUUAUCACGAUAUUCGACGACGAGGGCAGGACCUUGGACAACUGCGGACAAUUUUCUGGCAUGAAACGCUUCGACGUCCGUCGCAGCAUCAUCAAGUCCUUGGAGCAGCUGAAACUGUACCGUGAGACGAAAGAAAACGCCAUGGUUGUGCCUCUCUGUUCUCGGUCUAAGGAUGUCGUCGAACCCAUGCUCAAGCCACAAUGGUACAUAAAAUGCGACAAGAUGGCCGCAGAGGCGAUCGCAGCAGUCAAAACGGGCGAACUGAAGAUAAUCCCUGAUGUGCACGAGAAGAUCUGGUACCAUUGGAUGGAGAACAUCCGAGAUUGGUGCAUCUCCAGACAGCUGUGGUGGGGGCACAGGAUCCCUGCGUAUAGGGUGACGCUGCCUGAAAAGGAGCAGCCACACUUGGGCCGCCGCCGCCGCCGCACGCGCUCCGGACGCAAGAAGAGCGUGCGCGUUCGCACGAGGCACUCCGCCGGUACUAUAAAAGAAGAGGAACUCUGGGUGUCAGCGCAUUCAGACGAAGAAGCCCUGUCCAAGGCGUCGGCCAAGUACGGAGUGCCCGCAGACCAGAUUAAACUGGUUAGAGACGAGGAUGUGCUGGACACGUGGUUCUCGUCGGGUCUUUUCCCGUUCUCAAUAUUCGGAUGGCCGGACCAGACUGAAGAUCUUAAGGCGUUCUACCCCGGCACGCUGUUGGAGACCGGCCACGAUAUCCUGUUCUUCUGGGUGGCAAGGAUGGUAUUCUUCGGACAGCGGUUAAUGGGGAAAUUGCCCUUCAAAGAAGUAUAUCUCCACCCGAUGGUCCGCGACGCGCACGGCCGCAAGAUGUCCAAGUCCCUCGGCAAUGUCAUUGACCCCGUGGACGUAGUCAGGGGGGUGACCCUGGAGCAGCUACAUGAACAGCUGAACGAGUCCAAUCUAGAUCCGAAAGAGGUGGAUAAAGCUAGACAAGGACAGAAACAGGACUAUCCUAACGGCAUACCUGAAUGUGGGACUGAUGCGUUGAGGUUUGCCUUAUGCGCUAUGACACAAGGUCGGGAUUUGAACUUAGAUAUCCUCCGCGUACAAGGCUACCGUUUCUUCUGCAACAAACUGUGGAACGCAACCAAGUUCGCCUUGAUGUACUUCCCCAAGGAUACCAGUUAUGAGGUCCACGAACCGAAUCUACCUUCAGAUCUAUCCCCAAUGGACCGGUGGAUGCUGUCGCGCUUGUCCCUCGCCGUCAACAAAGUGAACUUCGGGUUCCAGUCCUACGACUUCCCGUGCAGCACCACGCAUUGCUACAACCUGUGGUUGUACGACCUCUGUGAUGUCUAUCUGGAAUACCUAAAGCCAGUGUUCGCGUCCGGAACAGAGGAACAGAAAUCGACCGCCAGACGCACUCUGUAUACAACCUUGGAGUAUGGGCUUAAACUGCUCAGUCCCUUCAUGCCCUUCGUGACCGAGGAGCUGUACCAGCGGUUGCCCAGUAAGAAGAGGGACAGCCCGUCCAUAUGUGUUGCCAGUUAUCCCACGGAUUCUGACACACCAUGGAGGUCGGAAGAUCUGGAGUCCUCAGUGGACACAGUACUGAAGAUGGUCCACGUGAUCCGCUCCACCCGAUCAGAGUACAACCUCACCAAUAAACAGAAGACCACGGCACAUCUCAUCAUAACUGAUCCCAGGUGUGAAGAACUGAAGGGGCUAUUCAGGAGUCUACAAUCUCUGGCUAACAGCGAACUGAGCGAAGAUGAGGCUCCAUUGGGCUGUUCCAUCCUCACCGUGUCGGACAAGAUCGAAGUUAGAUUGGUAUUGAAGGGCCUCAUCGACCCCCAGAAAGAGAUAACGAAACUGGAAAAGAAGAAAGAUUCCUUGUCCCAAACGAUCAGCAAACUCCAACAAGCUAUUGCGGCAGACGACUAUACAACCAAAGUUCCUGUAGAAGUGCAAAAAUCCAAUAUUGAGAAACUUGCGCAGUCUGUAGGGGAGAUCGAGAGGCUACAAGCCGCGAUCGAAACUUUGAAAUUGAUGUAAAUGAAAGAAGCCGUAAAAUAUGCGACACCACGAAGCAUAAACAAAGUGGAGCGUUAUCACCAUUUCUUUAACAAAAAUUGUAUGACGGUGCGCGGAGCUGAGGCAGACGGGUUUGUUAAGCGGUUCUGUCAUGACCUAGUAGCUAUUCACAGCGUAUGGAAAACAAAAAGUAUUAGGAAAGCAAGAACUUAUGUUGCAAUAUGUUUAGGUGCCUAACCUACCUACUUCACACCAAUUGUGAUAAUAAAUUAUUAUACCUACAAAGAAUAUAAUAUUUAGAAAAUAUAAUUUUUGUACGGUGAUGACAUCACGAUUUUUGUUUUGAAUUUCAUUAACUUGCAUUUCUAUUAAGACAUGUGUAUAUUUGGACGUUCUCUAUUUAUUAUGUAAUUUAUUCAUAGAAAAAAUAAGUUAAAAUACAUUUUAAAAUGUCAUUAACUACCUCUUAAGACCACUGUACCUUAUAUGGUGAAAUGCAGAGGAUUUUACUAUUUCAAAAAUGAAAAAUACAGUUGUAAAAUUAUUUUAAGGAAAAAUGUGGCUUUGAAGUUUGUUUAGUUUUAAAUUAUUUGGUUUUGCAAUAAAAUCGCUUCAAAAUA